AUGAGUCUUGAUUGGGUGAAAAAGCGAAAGAAAACCACGGAUGAUGAGGAGGCAAAGUUGAACGAUGCAUUGCUCGAAUUUCAAGCCGAAUUUGGCCAAUCCUCUUCGGCCGCCCAACCAAAAACGUUUUUGCGUGGAAGUGUUGUAGAGGGAAAUAAGACUAGUAAGUUUUCAUGUUUUCUUUGUUCUUUUUUUUGCAUACUAGUAAACAACACAAUAAUAUUGCAGUCAAUUCGUCGUCUCAAGGAAAUGUUUACGCACCAAAAAUAUCGAUGAAUAUUUCGAAAACUUCGAAUCUUAGCUCGAAGGAUUUUGAUGAAGCGAAAAAAUUAGCAGCUGCAAAAGCAAGAAGAAUGCUCGAAGACGCGGUGAAAAACAAAAACGUGAAAGUUGUGCCAAAAGUCGUUGCUCCACCAACUCAACAUCUCAAAAGACCGCCAAAACCAGGAUCCUUGAAAGCGAAAAAUGAUAAGCCAAAAGUCAGUGUAUUGGAAACAUUUAAACUCGAAUUGCAAAAAGUGCAAGAAGAUCGAGAGAAAAGGAAAGAUUUUCGAACACAUUUGGAGAGUUCUGGAAUAAAUCCAACAGUUGUUGAAAGACUUGCACCAGAACAAGGAUUUCGAGGAGGUGGAGAAUUUGAUAAUGAUCCAUAUACAACAAAUAUUUAUGUUUGUAAUAUUCCACAUAGUGUAACUGAAGAGGAUUUGCUAUUCACUUUUGGAUCAUUUGGACCAUUGGCUGCUUUGAAGAUUUUAUAUCCAAGAUCUGAAGAAGAACGAAGAAGACCACAUAUUUGUGCAUUUGUAGCAUUCAUGUAAGAUUUUUAAAAACAAAUCAUUUAUUCACAAACAAAUUAUUCGGAUUCUUCCGAUUCACCGGAUGCUUCUUCUGAUUCUUCCGAACUUGAAUUUCCUUGCACAAAAGCCAACGAAAUAAUCAUGAAAAUAGUGAAGAUCAAGAAAAGUCUCAUUUCGAAAAGAAAAUUUAAUUUGAAAAUAGAAACCUAGGCGGUUCACUUAUAUAUCCCUCAAAUUGAUAAGUUCAAGGUUUUUACGCAAAAUGGACAAAGACUUAGAAUGUAAACUAUUUGAACUAUGAGUAAGAAAAACUAAAGACUAUUUUUCUUAUUGUCUAGUAAAAAUUACAGCUGAUGAUUGAAAAAAAAAGAAGAUUUGUGUAAUAAAAAAUAAGAAAUGUCUGAAAAUGUUAAAUAUUUAGAAAUAUUUGGAAAAUUCACGUGACGUGUAAAAAUUCGUUUAAUUUUUGGUCAUUUCCAAAAAUAGAGUAUUACCACACCAGCCUAUAUAUUUUUUCAGGUCCCGUAUCGACACAGAUCGUUUCCUCAACGAGGCUCGCGUUGUCGUCGUCCGCAAUGAACCAAUACGUUCUUCUCUUGCACGACCUGUCACAAUUCCACCAACUCCCUAUUAUAUCCCACCACAAUUAGUGCAACUCCAAUGUCCCGAUCCAAUUUCUGGUCUACCAUUCAAUGCGCAACCAAAUAAAGAUGAUGCAAAACAAUUCAUUGAGAAAUAUAAAAGUUUUCCGCCGUUGAACUCGAUUCCAACACCAGAACAUCCAGCAUAUGAAGAUUAUAUGAAUGUUAGUUUUUUGAGGAGAGAAUUUGGGAGUUUCUCAGUUGGAUUUGCUCCGCUUUUCAAGAUCUUGGACCUGAGGUUUUAGUAGCAGGUCCAAUUUUUGAUAAAAAAUUCUGAAGAAUUAUUUUUUUAAUUCAAAAUUUUGCAGGUAAUCCGAAAUUCUGUAAUUCGCGUGGUAAUUCCUCCAAGUCGAGCACCACUUCGUUUAAUUAAUCGAACUGCAAUUUAUGUGAUAACAGAAGGUGCACAUUUUGAAGCAAUGAUUUGUGCACACGAAUAUCAAAAUCCAUUAUUCCAAUUUUUAUGGGAUAAUACAAGUGCUUGUCAUGUUUAUUAUAGAUGGAGAAUAUAUUCACUUUUACAAGGUGAUUCAUUAACAAAUUGGAGAAAAGAAAAAUUCCGAAUGUUUGAAAAUGGUUCAUGGUGGAUUCCGCCUUUGUCAACAAAUGAUUUGAAUUGUUCAAUGCCUGAAUGUUUAUAUGAUACAACAUGUGUUCGAAUACAUCCUGAUAGAUGGUGUCAAGUAAAAGGUGGAGGAGAAAGAAGAGGUGGAGAAAGUAGACAAUUAUUGAAAGAAAUUGAAAGAAAAAGACGACAGGAAAUGGCUGAAAAAGUGAGAAUUGAAAAAGAGCAAAGAAAAAAUAGAACGAAUUUAUCGGAAAAGAAACGAGAUAAAUUGGAGAAAUUGAUUCGAGAAAUUACGCCUGAACAAAAUGUGAUUGGAGAAGCAAUGGUUUGGUGUGUUGAAAAUGCGAUAAAUGCAAAAGAGAUUUGUGAAUGUAUUUAUGAAAGUUUGACGAUUGAUGAGACACCAUUGCAUAAGAAAAUUGCGAGAUUAUAUUUGAUUAGUGAUAUUUUAUCGAAUUGUGUUUUGAGAGGAGUGAGGGAUGUUUUUUUGUUUCGAAAACAUUUUGAAGAACUUUUAGAGAAGGUAGGGCAUAGUUUUUACUAACAAUUUCGAUCCCUGAAAUCAAUAAGAGCAUAUAAAACCUUGAAAAAAUCAAUUUUUCUGCAGAUUUUCGAAGCCAUUGGCUCAACCCAUAAAAGCAUUGGUUCUCGCAUAAAACAAGAACAAUUCAAGCAAAGAGUUAUGAAUGUAUUUAGACAUUGGGAAGAAACCACGCUAUAUCCUGUCGAAAAACUAAUUCAUUGUCAAAAUGUUUUCCUUGGCUUAGUCAAUCUUAAAAAAUCAAUUGAUUUGGCUGAAAAUGAAGAUGAUGACGAUGAUUUUACUACAAAUAUGAACAAAUCUGGCAAAAAACCGCAGGAAGAUGAGGAAUAUGAUGAUGAUUUAGAUGGAAUUCCGAUUGGACCAGAUGGAGAAUUGAUUGAAGUUUCAGAAAAUAGAAAAGAUCAGGAAGAUGAUGAAGAAGAUAUUGAUGGAAUUCCGAUGGAAACAUCGAAAAAUGAAUCUGAAUCAGAUGAAGAAGAUCGGAGAUUUGAUAAUAAAAAUCGAUUUGCUCAAAAUUUCAAACCUAUUGAAUCGACACCGGCUUCGAAAUGGGAAUCGGCGAAAAUUGAUGAUAUUGAUUUGAAUAUUCGAAAAAGUCCGGAAAGAAAAAGAGAAAGAAGUUUAUCACCAGGAGAAAUUAAAGAGGAAAUUGAUACAUCGAAAAUGUAAGUGGAAAAUGUGACGGGAGGCGAGAUUUUAUCAAUAAUUUCAUUAUCAAAAAUAAUAUUUAUUUUUCCAGUAGCCUAUUCUCUUCUUCAAUCAACAUCGAAGAUGAAAAACGUCGUCGACUAAUGAGAGAUGUCGAAGUUCGUGCGAUGGUUUUGCUGGAAGAUCUGGAAGCUGACGGAGAUCCGAAUGCAAAACAAAAAGUUGACGAUUUUCGGAAAAAAGAAAUGGAAAAUGUUGAAAAAUUGAUGAAAGAAAAGGAAAAAGGAAGUUCGCCGAAAAAUGAGAACAAAAAGGAGAAAAAAGAUCGAGAAAAAUCAGCGAAAAAGGAAAAGAAGAGAGAUCGAUCGAGGAGUCGAAGUAGAUCAAGAGAUCGAGACAGAGAUCGGAGGGAUCGAGAUAGGGAUAGGGAUAGAGAUCGAGACAGAGACAGAGAUCGACGAAGUCAUCGAGACAGGUUUGAUUUUUACCCAAAAAUAAACUAAAAAUAUGAAAAUGCUUUGCACGAGUGUGAAAAUAUACACUUACGCGCUAAAAUAUGAAUUUACCCACAAAGUUCGGGUAACUAAAUUUCUCAAGUUUUUAUUUGUUAUAGAUCCUCAGAUCGAGACCGGGAUAGACGAUAUCGUUAA